UGCAAAGAUGUUUUGAUUUGAAGUUUUGUUGUGUUUUAUGUGAAAUGUUAUGUCAUAUCAUAUAUUAUAUUGAAUGACAAUAUUAUUGUUUCAAUUGUUAAUAUUUUUUGAUUGAUAUCAUUUGUGGUAAUUAUCUGACAUUAGUUGAUAGUUAUCGUCUAAUUAAACCUCAAAACAAAUCAACGAUUCAAUAGUCAUCUCAUAAUUGUUUCUCACUAUUAAAGAACUUUUAACUAAAUUACUUGAAAUAUAUUGUUAUAUUCAUCCGAUAAGUGGCAGCAAUUAAAAUGAAUAGUUUGGUAAAAGUUUGGAUAUUUUGUGUAUUACUUGACAUUAUUUGGUGUCACGAGUCGUCGUUUCAAUCAAUUGAAGAGAUGGAUAACCAUUUACACGCCGACCAAAUCCCUGCUCCUGAUUCUCAGCCAAGUUAUGAAGAAAUUAAAAAAAAAUUGUCACAACUUUUUGAUCAAGAAAUAGAUAAAGAUAGCGAUGGAUUGGCUACCGUUACUGAACUGAAGAAAUGGAUUGAAGUGGUUCACCAUAAACUCAUUGAAGAUAAUAUUGAACAACAGUGGGCUUAUUAUAAGCCUGAAGUACAAGAAGUUCACAGUUGGGAAGGAUAUAAUCCGGAACAAAAAGAAGUGCUUCAUUGGGAACAUUAUGUUAAUAUGACUUAUCCCGACAAUAUAGCCGAAGAAGAUAAUUCUGAUCCAAACUUUAAGAAUUAUAAAAAUAUGUUUAAAAGAGCAGAAAGAAGAUGGAAAUAUGCCGACAGAAAUUCAGACUCAGUUCUGGUUAAAGAUGAAUAUAAAGACUUCAUUCAUCCCGAAGAAUCAGAUCGAACUAAAGAGAUAUUAGUUGAUGAAGCUAUGGAAGAGAUGGAUAACGAUAACAAUGGCGAAGUGACACUUGAAGAGUAUAUGAAUCAUAUUAAUGAAAUGUCUCCGGAAGAAGAAAAAACUAAUCCCGAGUUCGCUCAGGUCCAACAAAAUCAUUUUAUAACAUAUUUAGACAAAAAUAAAGAUAGCGUUUUAAAUAAAGAUGAACUUAAAGAAUGGUUGGUUCCUUCGUAUGACAAACACGAGGCCGAGUCGUGGAGACUCAUACAAGAGGGUGACCACAAUCAGGACGAAAAACUUUCAUUAGAUGAGCUGUUAGAAAGUCAGGACCGAUACUUAAGUCUAAUUCCGCCCGAAUUCUGGCACCAAUAUAAUGACGACCACUCGACAACCACCCCUUCCACUCACGAAGAAUUAUAA